AUGGCUGAGAAAACAACCGGAGGCCCGCAGGACGUCCCCGGCUCUUCUCCUGAUGAAAACGAAUUUCCUUUUGGAUAUCCCACGAGCAUCUGUGAGGAUGUGCCUGAUCAGAAGUACCUGUGCAGCAACUGCAAUAACGUUCUGAAGAAGGCCCUGCAGACGCUCUGUGGGCAUAGGUACUGCUCAGCCUGCCUCUCCUGGAUUGUGCGAAACAAUACAAAUGCAAUUUGCCAGAAAUGUAAAGAGGAAGAUCCCAGCACUUUAAGUGAGGGAAGCCUGUUGGCAGAAGAAAGGGCUUUUGGUGAUGCUGCCAUUAAUAAAGAGAUUUCUGAACUCAGAGUACACUGUGUGACCCUGGGAUGCAGUUGGUCUGGUAUCAUGAAAAAUUUUGAAGAGCAUCAGAGCUUAUGUGAAUAUGCUUUAAUCCCUUGUCACACUGGCUGUGGACACAUGGUGAUGAGAAAGAAGCUUGCAGAUCAUUUGGAAAAUGGAUGUGUUAAUAAUGUGACAACGUGUCAGAAGUGUAAGAGGAGCUUAUCCAGUAGUGAAUACCAAGGGAGCAAAGGGAAGAUAAAGGAGCAUGAAAAAACAGCAGUUGGGGCCCACAUGCUACUUCUGCUGCAGCACAUAAAGCAGCUGAAGGCAAGUUUGUGCACUGCUGCCAAAGCUGCAAAUGGCUUCAUCCCACAGGCAGAGCUGAACGUGAAUGGUGCAGGAAAAAGCAUCUCUGACCUGCAGGUCCCAGCAGGGCUGGAAAUCAACGGGGAUGUGGAAAUAGACUGUUUUCCUGGAUCUUCUGUUUCUGAAGAUGAAUCUGUUCUGCAACAACUUGUGAGGGAAAAAGUGAUUUCUGAGCUAGAAAAUAAGCUACAUGUGUUUGAGAAUAUUGUGGCAGUGCUCAAUAAAGAGGUGGAGACCUCCCACUUGGAAAUUACAGCCUUACGGAGACAGAGUGAGCUUGAUCAAAAUAUAAUACGAGGCCUUGAACUGAAGAUUGCAGAGUUGCACCGCUGCCUCAUGCAGAAGGACGCAGGCCUGAGCAGUCUCCACAAGAGCCUUCUGUUUUCUGAGCAAGCUUCCUAUGAUGGGGUCUUUCUGUGGAAAAUAACAGAUGUUGGCAGGAAGCUACAGGACUCUGUGACUGGAAGAACAGUCAGUUUGUAUUCACCAGCUUUCUACACUGCAAAGUAUGGCUACAAGGUCUGCCUGAGGGUCUAUCUGAACGGGGAUGGGACAGGAAAAGGAACCCACCUGUCCCUGUUCUUUGUGGUCAUGAAAGGGGAUUACGAUGCUUUGCUCCCGUGGCCUUUCAGACACAAGGUGACAUUUAUGCUGCUUGACCAAAACAACAGGGAACACGUUAUCGACGCCUUUCGCCCCGACUUGAUGUCUGCCUCCUUCCAGAGGCCAGUGAACGACAUGAACGUGGCAAGUGGCUGCCCCAUGUUCCUCCCCCUGGCCAAGCUACAGUCACCCAAACACGCCUAUGUGAAAGAGGACACGCUCUAA